CGUUCGUGCACACUAUGUCUAAGCGUAUCCUCACUAUCCUCGGCGCAACUGGGAAGCAAGGCGGCUCCGUCGUCAACAGCAUUCUCGGCGACGCCGCUGCAUCCAGCAAGUUCUCUGUUCGUGCGGUGACGCGCGACGUGACCAAAGACAGCGCGAAGGCGCUUGCUGCCAACGGCGCUGAAGUCGUCUCUGCCGACUUGAACGACAAGAACUCCCUGCGCGAAGCCUUCAAAGGCGCGCACGGUGUCUUCGGGGUAACGAACUUCUGGGACACCUUGAGCGGCGACAAGGAAGUCGUUCAGGGCAAGAACAUCGCUGAUGCGUGCAAGGAAGAGAACGUUCAACACCUCGUUUGGAGCAGUUUGCUCAACGUGAACAAACUAACCAACGGCGUCCUCUCUCAAGUCCACCACUUCGACAGCAAGGCCGCAGUCGAAGAGUACAUCCGCGAGCUCGGCAUCCCCGCCAGCUUCUUCCUCCCCGGCUUCUACAUGUCCAACAUCCCCGGCCAGAAUCUCCGCGCGGGCCCCGACGGGAAGUGGCAGUUCGCCAUGCCCAUGCCCGAGGACGCGCCCAUCCCGCUCUUCGCCGCCGAGCGCGACACAGGCAAGUUCGUGAAGGCGAUGUUCUUGAAGCGCGAAGAGGUGCUCGGCAAGCGCGUAUACGGCGCGACGGGGUAUACGACGCCGCUGGAAAUACUCGACGCGUUUAAAAAGGUGUACCCGGCAGCGGGUAAGGACCUGUCGUUCCAGCGGCUGCCGAAUGAGGCCUUCAAGGGCAUCCUGGCGUCGAUGGGACUUCCUGAGCCGAUUCAGGAAGAGAUGCUGCAGAACAUGCGGCUCGUAUAUGAGUUUGGCUACUACGGUGGCGAAAAGCUCGACUGGAGCAAAUCGCUCGUUGAUGAGCCGCUCACGACUUGGGAGGAGUACAUCAAAGGGCACCCAGCUUUCGCGACCGCUCAGUAA